CUGCAGUUCUUGUCUCAAUGGGACAUCUAGUGGUUCUGAUGGCGUACUGCAAUAAGACAAGAAUAAGAAUAAGAAAACCUUUAAUAGUCCCGCAGUGAGGAAAUUGCGGAAGUAGCUUCAAUCUUCUACUGGAGGAAAGUGUUGGCAUGAACUGUGACGUCAUUGCGGGUGUAAGCAUGCGCAAACACCCAUUGUAAGUACAGACACAACAACACGUGAAGACAAAGUUGAAGUGAAAGCACUUCAAGACUCAUUUGACCACGGUGCGGAGUGACUCAAAUGUUUUGAAGGUUGGCUCAACUUUAAGGAUGGAGGAUUUUACACACUCACGAGACCAGCAGAGGGUGUUGGAAAGAAAGGACCACACCAUUCCUCUUCCCUGUCGACAGCUGCAUCUGACAGUGAGUCUGAUCAAGUCUUCUGACACUCCUGAAACCACUGAUCAACCAACCAGCAGAGACUCACAGAAAUUCCUCAAAACAAACACAAAAGCCCUUGAAAAGAUUUUGAAGAUAGACAUUUAUUUAAUGUAUUACCUGAGGGACAACCCUAAAGUUUAUAAACUAUUAGAGAAACAACUGUCUGCUAUCGGCUGCUCAGUGGAGCUGGAUUUUAACCAGGAGGAGGCAGUGGUGAAAGGGGACAUAGACAAGGAACCUGGACAAGUUGCUGCUGCAGAGAAAUGGGAGAUAAAGCUGGACCGGGUCUUCAUUGCUCUAACUGGCAGCUAUGUUUGCCACCAUGUGACCCAAAGAACUGGUCUUGGCUCUGAUGACAUCAGAUCGACUGGUCCAGGAGGUUCUGCAGAUUUAAAUGCAACUUUAACUAACCUGACAUCAGACACGCUGGUUCUGGAUGGAUCUGGGACACAGCAAUACUUCCAGGGAACAGGGAGACAAGACAAGGAACUAGUAGAGAGGAUCUAUCAGGUCCUCAUCAAGGAACAGCAACAAGGAAAUUCUCAGAGUUCGGCAACCCAGUUACAAUAG